CUGCACUGUACAUAUUUCGACUUGGACAAGCUCGACAAACUCUGGACGUCGCUUUUGGACAUUGGGAUUCCGUCGUAAGAGGUGGAGUGAAGCGGACCCUCGGUACACGGACGACGCUUCAACUGCUUGAACAGAACGCCCUCGAAACGAACCCCGUUGAAAACCUACGAGCAUACUCACCGCAUACCGCAGAAUCUACGCAAAGCCCCUCGUGUCAGGAAAGAAUUUGAAGAUGGCGAUUUCGGACACAACAACACGGCUGUUUAUACAAGCCUACUUGCGGCACCGAAUACUACCCGAGACGGCGGUAAAGGCGCUGCAUGCGAAGGUCUGCGCCCUCAGUGAAGACCAAGAUGCCCUCGAAGACUUCCCGAGUUUCAUAGGAGAACUCAACCGACGGGUGGAUACAUUUAACAUGGAACUGCGGCGGGGGCAUGAGGCGAGCACGGGAAAGCAAUUCUACGCGCUGGUGAACACGAAUGGGGACGAGCUAGCGCAACAGGCGACGGAGUGCUCGCCGGCGGAGAUUGCGUAUUUUAAGCAUUUGGUGGAUGUGAUAAUCAACGCCGACGACGACGUCUACGAACUGUCCUCCACAGCAGCACUGUCAGAAGCAAGCCAGAUGACACCAGCAAUGACGAAACGGGAUGCGCAGGCCCUUAUCGACCGCCUGAUCGACAACCAGUGGCUGGUGAAUAGGAAUGGACUCUUGUCCCUGAGCUUACGGACGACGCUCGAGCUGCAGACGUAUCUGAAGGAGGAAUACCAGGACCGGAUUCAUGAGUGUACUAUGUGCAUGGAGAUGGUGACGAGUGAUUACGAACGAUGCACAGUAGCAAACUGCAAAGCCCGCCUACACGCCUACUGCUCACGAGUCUACUUUACGCGGCAAAAAGUCAAAAAAUGCCCAACGUGCAAGUCACCGUGGCAUGGUGAUGCGUUGGGGACGGGCAGGCCCAGACCCAGCGGCAGCAGCACCAAGAGUGGACGACAGGCAACGAACGGGAUCAAGAGGGACAGGGAUGCGCUUGAUGAGGAGGAGGGCGAGGAAGAAGAAGAGGGUGACGAGGAUGCGAUGGAGUGAAGUGCAUGAUACGGCGUGCGAGGGUUUGCAUUCUAGACGGGGCACAUGUGCUUGUAGAUUUAAGCGUAUUCUGUAUAUACGGCGUAGCCAGGCUUUCAGCCUGUCGACUCAAUCGGUUGAAUGGUAAAUAUCAUAUUACGA